AGGAGACUCAUAAUUAACAACUACUAGUUUCAACUCUAAUGGCUUCCUCAAACACAUCUCCAACAAGCUUUGAGACUCAAGUGGCAGAAUUUAUUAAGGCAAGGGGAGGUAAUGCAUACCAAUACCCGUACCCUUCUCACGUGAACGCAGCGAGCUUUGUUUCUAUCAAGCUGUUAAGCAAAACCAAUUAUGGUCUGUGGCGGGAACAGAUGAUGUGCCUUGUAGAGAGUCAUGAUAUGCUUAAUUUCAUCAAUGGCACACUGAAAAACCCCAAGGAGCAUGCCAAUUCUAACAAGCAAUGCGAUAAUACUGUGGAGGCCAAAUAUCGCGAAUGGAAAAGAUCGGACACGCUUGUGAAAGGAUGGAUUUUUGGUUCACUUAGUGAAAAUGUCAUGCAUACUGUUGCUGGCCUCUACACAGCUAACGAUGUAUGGGAGAAGCUAAAGACUACUUAUAGUACUCCGCCUGCUUCAACCACCACCACUGCGAGCUGCAGCAACACCAUCAAAAAAGAUGAAGCGGAGUAUCUCCCAUUAUAUAGAGCUAUUACAAGGAACGACUGGGAAAAAGCGCAUGAAAUUUUCAACCAGGACAAGGAUGCAUUGACUGCUAAACUCGAUAAUUUGGGGAGUAGAGCACUACACAUUGCAAUAGAGAAGGCGGAAAGCAUCCAGUUUCUUGAGAAUCUGUUGAAGGAGAUAAACCCUGAGUCACUUCCAACUCUGGUGACUAUUUAUAGCGGAAACCCACUUCACCAUGCUGCAGCUAUCGACAACACCAUGGCUGCAAAGCUGUUGGUGAAGAAAAAUCCAUGUUUGUUAUUUAGUUUGGACGGGAAUUCCUCCUUACCUAUCCAUACAGCAAGUUUAAAUUCUCAUAGAAGAACUUUCUUAUACUUGCUUGAUGCGUGCAAAAAACAUAUUCUUCUCUCCCAAGAAGAUGGAUAUCACAGUCCCUUUGAGGGCAUAAACGGUGCUCGGCUUCUCAGUACUGCAAUUGAAUCAGGGUUUUUGGAGGCUUCAAAUGAGUUGAUCAAGGAUUACCCUGACAUGGCUAGAUCAAAGUGCAUCCAGGACAACGCACAUUGCGUACCACUCUGGUCUAUUUCGAGCAUGUGGGACUUGUAUCACAGUGGAACACGAUAUAACUUCUACCAAAGAUUGGUUUACGCUUAUGUGCCGAUCGAGAAAAACCGAAUGCAUGAUACAAAUAAGAUCCAGGAUGUUGAGAACCAAGAGACUUAUAAGGCCAAGUUUCUGAGCAAGAGCAUGGAGACCUGCUUCUAUGUCAUCGAGAGGAUGUAUGUGAAAAUAUGGAAAGCUGCCCUACUAAAAGGUAAGCAAAAUUUCCUUUGA